AAGUCUCAGCCUUGGAUGGCUUACGGUAAGGUAGGUAGACUGGUGGCAGCGGUGCCAGGAGCCGGCUAUUCAUCAGUUCCAAAAAUGUAGACUCUUGUCUUUCCCGAGGCUACCACGCCGAGGUCAUAUUCAUCUCUUCUACCUUUUGUCGAGAAAUAGUCCCUAACAGGACAACCUAUUACUGUAUUGAUAUACCACUACACACCGGUACCAGUAUCUGCUUACGCCUGUGUGAGGUACAAUACAUACCACUACUGCCAUGGCGUCCAGACCGAUUCGAAUCGCAGGUGCCUCUGGCUCGGCAUCAGACCGACGCCAUGCCAUGGCCGCAUUUGCAAAAGCAUACCCCAGCGACCCCGUGGACGUGAUCAUAUCCGACUACAUGUCCGAAGUCAACAUGACGAGUGGAGCAGCGCGGAAACUAGACGCCAAGGGCCUGGGACCCGAUCAUGGCGGAGUCCCCUUUGUCGGGGCAGGGCCGGCGUACGAAGCACCUUUUCUGGAAGCCCUGGAGCCGGCGUUGGACGACCUGGCCAAGUACGGAAUCAAAGUGGUUGCGAAUGCGGGGAACACCGACACCGAGGCCCUGUACAAGGUAGUCUGCGAACUCAUCCGGAAGAAGAACUUGAGGAUCAAAGUGGCGUGGAUCUCUGGGGACGAGGUACUGCCGGCUGUCCGUAGGGCAUUGGAGGCCGGCAAGUCCCGGUUCAAAAACAUCUAUACUGGCGAGGUGUUGUCGAGCUGGCAGUUCAAGCCUAUGUAUGCUCAGGCGUACCUGGGCGGCCUGGGGAUCGCAGAGGCACUUGCCCAGGGCGCCCAGAUUGUCGUGUGUGGACGGGUCGCGGACGCGUCUCCCGUCAUCGGCUCGGCCGUGUGGUAUCACCAGUGGAAGCGGACGCAGCUGGAGGAGCUAGCCAACUCGUUCAUUGCGGGCCAUUUGAUCGAGUGCAGCUGCUAUGUUACGGGCGGUAACUUUAGCGGGUUCAAGGCUCUCGCGGACACGGCUGCUGGAUGGGAUGAUAUCGGGUACCCGAUCGCUGAGAUCUCGAGGGACGGCAAGGUCGUCAUCACGAAACAAAAAGGUGCUGGCGGCAUGGUAACGGUGGACACUUGCUCGGCGCAAUUGUUGUAUGAAAUCCAGGGCCCCUGGUACUUCAACAGCGAUGUGACGGCUGUGGUGGACCAGAUCUGGUUUGAGCAGGUCGGCCCUGACCGCGUCGCCCUGCACGGCGUCAAAGCCCUUCCACCUCCUCCGACUACCAAGGUUGGCAUCACGGCCCGCGGUGGCUACCAAGCUGAGGCCAUGUACUUCAUCACAGGGCUGGAUGUGGCCGAAAAGGCACGCAUGACCGAGGCCCAGCUGCGCAAGUCGCUGAAGCCGUAUUCGGACAAAUUCACAGUCUUGUCCUUCAGCGUGUUGGGCACGCCGGCCGUUGACGCGGAUAACCAAGCUGCCGCCACGGCCGUGUUCAGAGUCUUUGCGCAAGCCAGAGACUCCAACGACAUCGCUCCCAAUAAAUUCCUUCGUCCGUUCAUGGACAAUAUCAUGCAGUCCUAUCCCGGAGGCACGUUCCAUCUCGACUUCCGCCUGGGCAUACCCAAGCCCUAUUUCGAGUACUACGUGACACUGCUUGACCAAUCCGAAGUUGAGCAUGUGCUCCAUUUUGACGGCAGGGACACCAUCAUCCCGCCGGCCCCGAAGUAUCUUACAAAGGUGUUUCCUGAACGGCAACCCAGCCAGCCUACCACGGCAUUGCCUAUCGACUUGGCCAAGUUCGGCCCCACGCAGCGUCUGCCCCUGGGUACGAUCGUCCACGCCCGGUCAGGCGACAAAGGGUCUGAUUGCAAUUGCGGCUUUUGGGUCCGGUCGCAGGAGGAAUUCGCCUGGCUCAAGAAUCUGCUGUCCGUCGAAUCGAUCAAGGUGCUGCUCGGCAAGGAGUACGAUCCAACGCGGGUGCCCAAGAUCGAAAUUGAUCGGUUCGAGUUGCCCAACCUGCGCGCGGUGCAUUUCUUAUUCCGCAAUCUGUUGGAUCGCGGCGCUACCAGUACCUCGACAGUCGACUGGCUGGGAAAGAAUGUCGCCGAGUAUCUGAGGGCCCGGCACGUCGAUAUUCCUGUCAAGUUCCUCGCCAGGGGGAAGUUGUAAUGUCCACUUUAGUGUAGUACAACGCUUACUACUGAAUGCUUGUAGCUUCGAUGAUGAUAGAUAGCUACCAAUAUGUAUCACGCUGAUCAGGACUAUGCUGCGCUGCCUGUCUUCAAGCGACGAGUUUCAUUGUCACGAA